AUGACCCCCGAGAAGGUGCUGAGAGAGGGGGUGCUGGAGAAGCGCAGCGGGGGGCUGCUGCAGCUCUGGAAGAAGAAGCGCUGCCUGCUCACCGAGAAGGGGCUGCAGCUCUUCGAGCCCAAGGGCUCGCGCCGCAAGGAGCUGAGCUUCGCACGCAUGAAGGCGGUGGAGUGCGUGGAGUGGAAGGAGCGGCACAUCUACUUCACCGUGGUCAUGGAGGACAGCCACGAGAUUGACUUCCGCUGCGCCCAGGAGGACCCAGGCUGGAACGCAGCCAUCACCAUGGGCCUCGUCCGCUUCAAGAACCAGCAGGCCAUCCAGAUCGUGCGAGCCCGGCACAGCUGCAGAGCGGUGCUGCAGUGUGACACGGCCCCGGCCUGCCAGCCCACGGACAUGCAGCGUCCCAAGGGCAGGAUGGAGACGGCCCUCGGUUCUGCAGGCGGCAGGGAGAACAGGAUCCCCGUGGGGAAAUGA